UUUGCUUGCUGUUAGGAAGUUACGAGAAAAAAACUUCAUUGGCGAAGCUCCGAAAGCUUGAAGAUUAAUCCUUCCGACUAUCGAACUUUGCAACAACUGUUCUGACAAGACUUGGAAAGAGUGAAUUUCUAGUGGCGAAGUCAAGGAUGAAGUGCUGGAGCGAACCUUGAAUUUGGCUUUGGCUUUGAAGGGACCUUGUGAGCAGCUUUCUCGGAGAUCAGUGCAUGAUUGGCACAGUUGUGGCUUCGCUUCCAGCUUACUGGUUUCCCAUUCGGAUAUAACUUGUUCCAUCCUCAGUUGGGAUCGAUAACACUCAGAUCGCGAAAAGCAGCCGCAGAGUAGCGUCAGCGUGCUCCCGGUACUCGCAAACUCCGCUCUCGUCGAUCAAGUUGUCCUUCAGGUACCAAGCAUUCCGCUUCUUCUAAUCAGUUACAGAACCUUAGUGCCGAACUGGACGAUGGUAAUCGAUUCUGAAGCAUUUCAGAUGUGAGGUCGGCAAUUUAACCAGCGAAAUGUUGAAUAGACCUCAGGGCUAGCAAGGAUUUGGGGAGGAUCCAAGAGCUCGGUAGAAGGAGCUUCGACGUUGAGUAACAAUACGAGCGCGAUUGAGAUUUGAAGGAUGGCCUCCAGGAUUGCUUCGCUCUGUGGCGUACUUGCCACAGUGUUUGUUAUCUACCUGAUCGCCCCUACUGAAGGAAAGCCCUUCCCAGCACCGGAUUUGAAGCUGUGCAGUUAUGCUUUCAAUUCUACGGAGGGAUGCUGCACCCUGCCUGCUCCCCCCGGCCCCGUCAAAAAAUUCGACUUCAAACCCAGGCUGCCGAUGCGAGUCCGCCAGGCUGCACACUUGGUGGACGACGCCUACAUUGCCAAGUACCAGAAAGCGGUGGAGCUGAUGCGAGCACUACCUGAGACAGAUGGAAGGUCAUUCACAGCUCAGUACCGUCUCCACUGCGCUUACUGCAACAAUCAUCUCCACUUCCCGGAGAACGAGUACCCUCUGGAAAUUCACCAGACCUGGCUGUUCCUCCCAUGGCAUCGCUUGUACCUCUACUUCCACGAGAGAAUCCUCGCCAAGCUCAUCGGCGACGACACAUUCGCUCUGCCAUACUGGAACUGGGAUAACCAGGACAGCACGCAAAACCCCCUCCCUAACAUCUUCCCCAAAGUCUACCAGGACAAUAACACCUACUUCGCAAAUCCCAUCAACAAGACAUCGCCAUUGUUUGACCCUCUGCGCAACGCAUGCGCUACUCAAUCCGUUCCCCCCCGCUUGGUCGAAUUCCAAGACGUGGUCGGAAUUCCAUGCAUCCCAAAGAACCCCGAAGCGGUUCGCCUCGAAAACGCUCACUUGCUCUGGACACAAUUUUUGUCCGGCGGGCCAACACCCUUGACAUUCCACGGGGCACCCUAUAGGUUCGGAGACUACGGCGGCGUGGGCAUGGGCACCCUGGAAGCGAGGCCACACGGGCCCGUCCACAUCUGGACCAACGUAAUCAAGAUGUCCACCAACAAGGACUCCGCCUCCGACCCCAUCUUCUUCUCUCACCACGCCAACGUGGAUCGCCUGUGGGAGAUGUGGAAGACGCUCCCCGGCAAAUACCGCAAGGACAUCUCGGAUCCCGAUUACCUCAACACGGAAUUCACGUUCUACGACGAGGAUGGCGAGCAAGUGUCCGUCUGCGUGAAGCAAGCUCUAGAUCUCGACUUAUUGCGGUACAAGUACACGAAUUCAUCAGCCGACUGGGUGGAGAAUGGAGCAGUCUCGAAAGCUGCCGGUCCUCAGUGGAAACAUUGCAACCCGAAUGCGACAGCAGCAGACGACGAUGCUCUGAUCGCGGCCACCCCCGCGUUCAAUGGCUUCUUGUUCGUGAAGUCGGCUCCAACGACAUUCAAACUGAAGAGGGAACCAUACAGGUCAGAACUGCACGGCGAGGAAUUGCUGGAGCUGAAGGGGAAAUUGGACUGGCACCAGCGCCAUCUUCAGAACAUCUUCGUGUUCCUGCCCAACUCCACGUACGAGACCACCUCCAUCGGGUGCCUAGAAUUCAUCGGCAACAUGUUCUCGUUCCCGCAUCCCGGCAUGUCGCCCGAUCUACAACCUGAACUCACGUUCCGGUUCGGAAUCAGGCGCAAGCUAGAAGUCAUGGGCAGAGCAAAUCUCACGGAGAUUGUGAUUACAAUGGUGGGCGAGAAUGCGGCGCCGCCAUUCAUCGCGGGCGAGGCAGGAUUCAAUCUCACCAGUGCAAAGAUCGUCUACUCCAAAAACUAGACGGGUCCAUCGACCGAUAGAUCGAUCGGUUGAUUGAUUGAUUGAUUGAUUGAUUGAUUGAUUGUGUACCGUGUUCUUCCUCGUGGACGUUCAUCUCAUUUCAUUGCAUUACAUUUCCAAAUCAAAUCAUUUAGUGUACUAGCGAGUGAAUUCUCGAUUGCUUCCACGACGCGGUGCCUGCAGGUCUCAGUUCGAGAGCACUAUGAAGGACUCAACCCAAAUUUUCUUCAGCAUUUCUUAGCACUUCUUCAUGUCGUGUACUUGUUUUUUUUUCUCCUCUGAACAUCAAUAAAUUUGUGAAGCUACCAUAACAAACUAUACAAGUAAA